AUGGCCGAACAUCUACGAGUGCUGGGCCUGCUGCUCAGCAUAGGAGUGCUCUAUACGCUCUGCCUGUGCUUGUAUCGAAUCGUCUUCCACCCACUGGCUAGAUAUCCGGGUCCCCUGGUGGCCAAGGUGACGGACGCAUAUCAGCUUUACCAUGCGUACUGCGGUGACCGGCACAUUGAAUUCUGGCGCCUCCACCAGCGGUACGGACCGGUCGUGCGCUUCGGCCCCAACUCGCUGGUGUUCGACUCCUCGACGGCCCUGAAGGACGUCUACGGCUUCCGGUCCAAUGUGCGUAAGGCAGAGUUCUACGAUGCCUUUGCCCACCCCGUCGCAAACACGCACAACACGCGGGACAAGCAUGUCCACGCCCGGAAGAGGCGCGUGCUCUCCCAGGCCUUCUCGGACGAUGCCAUGCGCAGCAUAGAGCGGUAUAUCUUGCACAACGUCCGGUCCUUCUGUGAGCAGAUCGGGCCCUUGGGGUCUGAGGCACAGCAGGAGAAGGGUGCGGGUGGCUGGACGGGCCCCCGUCUCAUGAGUGACUGGUGCAGCUACCUCGCCAUGGAUAAUCUCGGUGAUCUCAGCUUUGGCAAGGCGUUUCAAAUGCUCGAGAAUCCGGACAACAGGUUUGCCUUGGGCCUUGUCGAGGCUGCUACCACUAGGCAUCUUAUUGAGAGACGUAAACAAAAGUGCGGCACUAUGCCCAUUAUCAACAAACUGAAGAUCGACAGGGUCAUGUUCCCAAAUAUUGCAGCCGGUCGUGCCCGGUACAUGGCGUACAGCAAGGGUCAGCUGACGGAGCGCACCAAGCUGGGCGAGGAUUCGGAUCGUCGGGAUUUCUUCUACUACCUCCUCAAGGCGAGGGAUCCCGAGACGGGACAAGGAUUUAGUAUUCCCGAGCUGUGGGCAGAGUCAAAUCUCCUCAUCAUUGCCGGUUCCGACACGACCUCGACGGCCAUGGCGGCAACCUUCUUCUACCUUGUUCGCAACGACCACGCCCUGCGCACCGUUACAGAUGAAGUACGCGCCAAGUUCACCGACGUCGAGGACAUUGUGCAAGGCCCGACCCUCUCGUCGUGUACGUACCUGAAGGCGUGUAUAGACGAGGCCAUGCGCAUGUCUCCCUCCGUCGGUGGCAUUGUACCCCGCGAGGUUCUAUCCGGCGGCAUGACCAUUGACGGGAUGCUCGUCCCUGAGGGCACCGUCGUUGGCGUCCCGCACUAUGCUGUCCAUCAUAACCCAGCGUACUUUACUCGCCCUUUUGACUAUGUGCCUGAGCGGUGGAUAGUGGGCGCGCGCAGCCCCCUCAAAGGUGAUGAGAUGACGACGACUCAGGAUGAUGUUUCGAGGGCACAGAGUGCAUUUUGCCCGUUCAGUGUCGGUCCCAGGGGAUGUAUCGGCAAGGGCCUCGCGUAUCUCGAGAUGACGACGACGUUAGCCAGGACCAUCUUCCUGUACGAUAUGCGCAGGGCGGUGGGUAUCGUAGAUCCAGGAGAGGGUGCGCCCGAGUUGGGAUGGGGAAGGCACCGCAAGGAGGAGUUUCAGCUGUUUGAUACGUUUACCAGUGCAAAGACGGGACCGUUGGUUGAGUUCAAGAGGGUUGAGAGGUCUUGA